AUGGAGUCCAUUAAGGAAUCACUAUCUGCACUCACUGAUAUGUUCAAUGCGAGGAUGAACGAUUUCCAGCAAGACUUAAAUAAGACCUCAUCACCUGUCACAAAUCAUUCUUUACCAGUGGAAUUCAGUACCUUUAGAAGUUUUAUUCUCUCUGCGCUGAAUACCUUACAACGCCAGGUUGAAUGUCUAGCAUUAGAAAUUGACCGGCAAGAAAUGCGAAGGCGGCAUAAAAUGAUAUUAUUUCAUGGAGUGCCGGAACAGAAGGUCGAGGACACAACAGCAAAGAUUACUGGUUUGGUCGCUGAACACCUGGACUUGUCAAAUUUUUCUUCUGCAAGUAUUAAGCAGACC